AUGAACCGAAAGAAGCUGCAGAAGUUGACGGACACCUUAACUAAAAGUUGCAAGCAUUUUAAUAAAUCUGAAGUGAACUGCCUUAUAACGCUUUUCUAUAACUUGGUGGGAGAUGUAGCAGAAAGGCCAGGGGUAGUCAUUGGACUAGAUCGUAAUGCAUUUCGGAACAUCCUGCAUGUGACAUUUGGAAUGACAGAUGACAUGAUUAUGGACAGAGUAUUUCGAGGUUUUGAUAAAGACAAUGAUGGCUGUGUCAGUGUAUCUGAGUGGAUUCAUGGAUUAUCACUGUUUCUUCGAGGGACUUUAGAAGAAAAAAUGAAAUAUUGCUUUGAAGUGUUCGAUCUGAAUGGGGAUGGCUUCAUUUCAAAGGAGGAGAUGUUCCACAUGCUGAAGAACAGCCUUCUCAAGCAGCCCUCUGAAGAAGACCCUGAUGAAGGGAUCAAAGAUUUGGUUGAAAUUACGCUUAAGAAAAUGGACCAAGACCAUGACGGGAAGCUGUCCUUUGCGGACUAUGAGAAAGCUGUGAGAGAAGAGACUCUCCUGCUGGAAGCCUUUGGGCCAUGCCUGCCUGAUCCAAAGAGCCAGAUGGAAUUUGAAGCCCAGGUAUUCAAAGACCCGCAUGAUUUCCAUGAUAUAUGA